AUGGCGAUUCCCGUGCCCAGAAGAAGGCAAUCCAAUAACAAGCUGUCCAAGAAAACAGAGUCCAGCUGCAUAGACCUCUGUUCCCUCCACACAAUCUUCCUUCAAACCCUAUCAAGAAUCCCUCUAGCCAUCUUCCUCCUGAUCCUCGUCUACAUUUGGUCUUCUUCCACCACCAUCAUGUCGGGUCACGUCGUCCACCUCUGCCUCUCGUCGCGAAAGCUCAACGAUCUCUACUGCCUCUCUGCCGGCACCCAGCCCCCUGAAUUCGACUUCCCACUCCUCCCCAACACUUCCUCUGCCUCCUCUUCCAACUCUUCCUCCACCAUUUUCGACGACGGUAACAGUACCACCGCGAAUGGUACUCUUACCGUCGACAUUGCUCCUCCUCCACUCAGCGAAGCUGAGCUAGCCAAUCAAGUCAUACAACAGCAUCUCCGCCUCCACCGAUCCUGGUCCUCCAAUUCAUCAUCAUCGUCGUCAUCCUGCGACGAAAGAGGGAUCUAUGUGUACGAUCUCCCAGCGAAGUUCAACAAGGACCUAACCGGUCAAUGUGGAGAAAUGAUGCCAUGGGCAGGGGAGGAUUUCUGCAAGUACUUCUCAAACGGAGGGCUCGGCAACCCAAUCGAAAAGCUCGGUCGAGGCUGGUACGACACUCAUCAAUACUCCCUCGAGCCGAUCUUCCAUUCGAGGAUCCUGAACCAUCCUUGCAGAGUCCACGACGAGGAUCGAGCCAAGCUCUUCUACGUUCCAUACUACGGCGGCCUAGACAUCCUGAGAUGGCACUUCAGGAACGUGUCGAACGACGUGAAGGACACGUUGGGGCUCGACUUGAUGAAAUGGCUCGAGUCGAGGAAGUCAUGGAAGUCGAAAUCCGGUAAGGACCAUGUCUUUGUGUUGGGGAAGAUCUCGUGGGAUUUCAGGAGGCGGCCCGAUUCGGAGUGGGGGACCCGGUUCCUGCAAUUGGACCAGAUGAAGAACCCGACCAAGCUUAUGAUCGAGAGGCAGCCGUGGGAGGUCAACGACAUUGGAAUCCCACACCCGACUUACUUUCACCCGCAUUCGGACGAAGACGUGCUCGCGUGGCAGCUACGCGCAAUGCGAUCGCCACGUAGGAGCCUGGUCAGCUUCGCUGGAGCUGACCGACCCGGUCAGACCGAGAGCAUCCGGUCGAUUUUGAUCGAGCAGUGUGUCGGUUCGACCGAUCAGGGUCGGUGCAGGUUUCUGAAUUGCAGCCUGGGUGGGUGUGAUCGACCCGAAUCGGUGAUCGAGCUGUUUAUGGAGUCGGAGUUCUGCCUCCAGCCACCAGGGGACAGUCCGACGAGGAAGUCGGUGUUCGAUUCACUCGUUUCUGGGUGUAUUCCGGUUUUGUUUAGUCCUUUCACGGCUUACUAUCAGUAUCCCUGGCAUUUGCCCGUGGAGCACGAGAAGUACUCGGUGUUUGUGGAUGAGGAAGAAGUGAGGAAGAGGAAGGUGAAUGUGGUGGAGAGGCUGAUGAAGGUUUCGGUUAGGGAGAGGGAAGAUAUGAGGAGGUUUAUAGUGUAUGAGUUGUUGCCCGGGUUGGUCUAUGGAGAUUCUGAGUCUCAGCUUUCCAAGUUUCAGGAUUCGUUUGAUAUUACUGUGAAUAAUCUUAUUGAGAGGGUUAACAGUUUGCUAUGA